CUCUUGCCUCACAGCGUCUAGAGUCUUCUGCGCAGGCGCCGCGGGCCGAGGCGCUUUUUCCUUCACUUCCGGCUGGGGUUCGCGUCACCUGACGUUUCGGGCCAAAGAGGGUGCUGGGAGGUGGGCGUGUUGCUGGCCUCUUUUGGUGAGGCUAGUGAGCGCCAUUUUGGAGUUGGGCAGAAAGGGGCAUAGCUGGUAGAAACUGGGGCCAGCCAUUUUUGGUUAGGCUAAUGGCGCCGUUUGUAGGCUUGGGUAGCCGUUCUUGUUUGGGCAGAAGCCUAAGAGUAGACGUUAACGGUUUUCAUCUUUAUCUUGGGCAAAGCUUUCCUUCCCAGUAGUUUUAAUUUAAUGGCGAAAAGGUAGGAAAUCCCCAGAAUCCAUCAGGUUGUUGAAAUUUAACCCCUUCGUUGCCUAAUUGGCUAAGGGACGUUUCUGUUUAUUAUAUAAACUCAAAGUUGGGAAGGGAUAUUUUGAUAAAGAACUUUCUGUUUUAAGAGCUGUCCUGUGUGUCAAAGAGGUGGAAAUGGGGGAUUGUAAAAGGAAUGAAAGGGUAGCCUCCAUCAUCAGGAAGUUUCCUGUCUAGUAAAGGAGACAUUGUCCUUCCCCUUGGCGAACUGCAAGUUAAGUUAGUCGUUCAUGUCGCGGGAGGAGACAAAACCGUUCUCCAGAAGCCGUGGCUCCAAAGAAUUCCCAAUUUAGCUCUGUGGUGAGCGCCCACCUCCUUCCUCCCCUAUUUUUGGCUUGGAGAGCGCUGGGUGACCACGAGUGAAAAUACGACGUGGAUGUGAGGGUGCCGUACAAGAGUCGGAGAGGCAUUGAACUCUGCGACCUCUAGAAAUUCAGCUGCCUGAGCCAGGAGUUGGGGUAGGGUGGGAGUGGAAAGAAUAUUUUGGGGAAGCUGGAUCUCAGAACGGCAUGAGUAUCUUAAAUAAUAAUAAUAGGGCCUACUUUGGAGAGGGCUAGGAAGGAGUUAGUCAAGGGUAAAAGGCUAGAGGAAGAGCAUAUGAAAAGGCUGGAAAGUGGAGAGCAGGCGUUGAAGAUUGAAUCUCUCUGGAGGAAAACCUUUGAGAGGACCAAGGCUUGGCCAAGAGCGACUGGGUGGAAUCUGGGCUAGCUCAGUCAUUAAGUUAGAACCCUGGACCCAAGUUUCAACCUGAGGCCGGGAAAGACGGAGAUUUCCCCCAGGAGCAGAGCUAAAGAACAAAGCAACGGAAGGGUCGCUGUGAGUCAGAAUUGACUCGAUGGCAAUGGUUUUGGUGUGUUCCUGAGGUCACUUUUGGAUGUCUGGCUCUCCUACUAGUGCCCUUUUACUGUCCAGUUCAGGACUUUGAUGUCAGAUCUGGAUUUGAAUCUCAUCUCUGCUGCUUUCUAUCUGUAUUGCUCAUGGCCAGCGUCCCGUGUUCGGUGGCCCCAGAAAAGUCAGUGUGUAGGCCUCAGCCACCCCAGGUCCGACGUACAUUCUCUCUGGACACCAUCCUCAGCUCCUACCUUCUUGGCCAGUGGCCACGCGAUACUGAUGGGGCCUUCACCUGCUGUACCAAUGACAAAGCCACCCAGACCCCCCUGUCUUGGCAAGAGCUGGAAGGGGAGCAGGCCAGCUCCUGUACACACAAGCGCUCGGCGUCCUGGGGCAGCACAGACCACCGAAAAGAGAUCACCAAGUUGAAGCAACAGCUGCAGAGGACAAAGCUGAGCCGCAGCGGGAAGGAGAAAGAGCGGAGCUCCCCACUCCAAGGGGACCACGCGGUGCGGGGAGCUCUGAGGGCAUCCCCUCCCAGCUUCCCUUCAGGGUCCACUGUCCUGCGACUUAGCCCCUGUCUGCACAGAAGCCUGGAAGGGCUCAACCAAGAGCUGGAGGAGGUGUUUGUGAAGGAGCAGGGGGAAGAGGAGCUACUGAGGAUCCUCGAUAUCCCCGAUGGGCAUCGUGCCCCCGCCCCUUCCCAGAGCAGCAGCUGCGAUCAUUCCCUCCUUCCCCUGGAGCCUGGCAACCUGGCCAGUUCUCCCUCCAUGCCCCUGGCAUCCCCCCAGCCGUCUGGUCGUGCCAGCCGCGAGGAGCACCGGGGUGCAGUUGAGGAGCUGGCAUCCAUCCCUAGUGACAAAGCCUCUUCUCCAGGCCACCCGGCCUUCCUAGAAGAGGGCAGCCCAUCUCCAGUCCUUGCCUUUGCUGCCUCCCCUCGGCCCAAUCACAGCUAUGUCUUCAAACGGGAGCCCCCAGAAGGCUGCGAGAGAGUGCGGGUGUUUGAAGAGGCCACGUCCCCAGGUCCUGACCUGACCUUCCUGACUUCCUGUCCUGACAAGAACAAAGUCCAUUUCAACCCGACCGGCUCCGCCUUCUGCCCUGUCAACUUGAUGAAGCCCCUCUUUCCCAGCAUGGGCUUCAUCUUCCGUAAUUGCCCCUCAAGCCCGGGGUCUCCCCUUCCCCCGACCAGCCCCAGGCCACCUCCUCGGAAGGAUCCAGAGGCCUCUAAGGCCUCCCCACUGCCGUUCGAGCCAUGGCAGCGCACCCCACCAUCAGAAGAGCCCGUGCUUUUCCAGAGCUCCCUGGUGGUCUGAGGUCCCCACCCCACCACUGUACCGUGGAGACCAGUGCCUUGGUGGCAGCCUCCUCCUCAGCCCCUCUGAGAUGGGGGAUGGAGGAGCCCUUCCCUCUCGGCUUUUGAGCACUUUCAUUUAUUGUGUCAAAGCCCUGGGUCCUCUUUCUGAUGGACACCUGCCCCUCCUAAUGUGAGGGGACCUGCCUUCUCCACUAGCAGCUGGGCAGCUCACUACUCACACCUAUGUCCCUGCCACCUCCCUCACUUGGUGGAAAACUCACCUAGAAGGUCUUGGGUCCCCCACUCCUAGGUGUGAAUCCAAAGGACUGUAUAUGAGGCCCUUGUCCUUGUCAUUGAGGAAGCUGGCCAUGACUGAAGGAGAGGGGACACCACAGAGCCCCAUUCCUCUUCUCUUCCACACACACAGAAGAGACCAGAAGACAGACACCCCCACCCUCAGCCCCAUCCCCAUGGCUCCCUCUCAUUGGAGGUGCUGACCAAAGCAGCCCUAAAGGGCCAUAACACUUGACCAAUUCAGCUGCUGGCAGAGGGGGGAACCAAAGGUUUUCCCAAGUGGCAUUUUCAUCUCGCUUUCACUCUGACUAAAGAUUGUCUUAAGCAGCAGCCCGACCUGCCCAGCCCCAGGCGGGUAGUGGGGGAGAGGGAGGGCUGGUGUUCCUCUGGGUGGCAAGUGGCAACUCUACACCCUCUACCUGCCCCAGGUCUGGGUUGGAUAUGGAUUAGAAAAAUGCCUAUUUUUCUUGUAUCGAUAUAGAAACUAUUUUCUCCCAAAGACACUAUUUUUGCAGCUGUUUGAAGUUUGUAUAUUUUCUGUACUGCAGAGCUUACACAAAAAUUGAAGAAGAAUGUUAAUGUUCGAGUUUUCUUAUCCUGUGUUUAGAGAUUGUUUUUUGCAGAUCUUGGUGUUAAUAGACCAAAUAAAUAAAUAAGUAUUCCCAGCAACUUGAGAUUCUGUUAA